AUGGCCUGGCCUUCCACGAAAGGUGGGCGGCAGGCAAAGACACAGCCGCGCGCACGGCAUCUCCAGUCGGCCACUCGCCGAUCCCCGUCACCAUUUCAUUGCAUCAGUGCGCUCGGUUUUUUUGCGCCUCCAAACCUCGCGGGUCACAGCACCGUCCGAGGACCGUCCAAGGUGCAGAGGCCUCGAUGA